AUGGAGGCCACUCAGCCGAACUUGUGCAAGAUACAGCCCACAGUUCUCUUCCAGAUCAUUGAUUACCACGAACGAAAGGGGGCAAAUAUUUCAGAGAAGGAAAAGGCUCCCAACCGGGUUAUCGGUACACUCUGUGGCUCGAUUGAUGGCGGAGUCGUGACUGUUGGAAGCUGUUACAAAGUCCCACACAAAGAAGAUGACAACGAGGUCGCUAUUAACAUGCAGUUUAAUGAAGAUCUCUUCAAGCUCCAGAAGAAAGUAGCUCCCAAUGAUAUGAUCAUCGGCUGGUUUACUACCUCAAAGCAAAUCGACAAUAAUGAUAUGACAUUUAUGGAUUACUACGCACGGCUGAUGAGCACUGCUCGACAGGGUAAGGGCGGUGUUCACCCAAUCGUCCUGAUGGUCGACACCGCUCCUACCAAUGGCAAAAUCGACAUCAAAGUCUACACUCUUUUGAAGACUAAGAUCGGAAAGCGUCAAAUUGAGGGUUCGAUGCCUCUUUGGCUUCAGACAGAGAUUAUGUACUCGGACGCCGAUCGAACCAUCCUCGACGAGCUUAGAAAAUGUUCCGCCAGCAGCAGUCGGAAACUCACGCUGCCCACUGGAAUCGACCCCCUCAAGAGCUCCGUCGACAGUAUCAUCGAUAACUUGAAAGUCAUUCAGGAAUAUGUUAACGAUAUUUUGGAAGGAAAGAGAAAGCCAAACUCGAUCGCGGGCCGCCUGCUGACCGACUUCUUCCACUCGAUCCCCCACGCUGACGCCGAGGUCUUCGAGAAGAUGCUCAAUAGCAACGUGAACGACUACUUGAUGGUGCUGUACCUAUCCCAGCUUGCGAACGUAGAGUUAGCCCUGAACGAGAAGCUUAUCAUGGCGCAGUAA